CAAGCAACACAGAGAUCGAGAGAAAUGGCGAGAGGAGGAGGUCAGAAGAAGGAGGAAUCGGUGGCGGUGGCGGUCGACAAAGACAAAGGAAGCCAAUACGCUUUGAAAUGGGCCAUGGAUCGGCUUCUCACCAAAGGCCAGGCUCUCACUCUGCUUCACGUCAAACAGAGACCCUCCUCCGCCGCGAAUUCCAUGCCGAAUCUCAGCGCAAAUUCCGACUCCGAUGAGGCUUCCACGUACAAACAGCAGCAGACCGAUAAUCAAGCCAGAGAAUUCUUCCUCCCCUUUCGUUGCUUGUGCACCAGAAGAAAUAUACAAUGCAAUGAGGUGAUAUUGGAGGAUGCAGAUAUUGCAAAAACAUUAAUCAACUAUGUCUCAAAAAACCGUAUAGACAUUUUAGUUCUUGGUGUCCCCUCAAGGAGUGGACUUUACAGGAGAUUCAAAUAUUCCCCCGAUGUUCCUAGCAGUGUGUCAAAAGGAGCACCUGAAUUCUGCACAAUUUACGUUAUUAACAAAGGCAACAAGGUUUCUUCGAUGCGGCAGUCCACCGCCCCAGCGCCAGCAAAGACCAUUCCUCAGCGCAGCCAAUCGCAACUUCAGCCCGUCUCCUCCGCUGGCCCCCCACCCCGCCCUCAGCUGCAGUAUCAGCUCACCACCGCCUCUGACGUUGCGGCCGAGCCCAACCAUCUUCGCUCCCAACAAUCUAAAUACAUGGAGCCUCCGGAGAGCAUAACACCAACUCCUCGGUCCAUGUACUCCGAUGAUUUUGAAAUCAAAUCACCAUUUAUGAGACCCGGUUCAAAGGCCACAAUGAGCAAAGGACUAGAUCCAUUGGUACUAGAUUCUGACAUAUCGUACGUGAGUAAUGGGAGGCGGAGUGUGGACCGAGCAUUUCCACCAGCCUGGAGCUCUGGUGGCAGCGACAUGUCCCGGUUUUCGAAUGGGUCGGAUUUAGAGAUUUACAGCCCCGGUUCGAGUUCGCCUUUCUACGGCGGCCGGAAGUCCAUUGACAAUAAUGCCUCCCACUCCCCUCUGGCUCAGGAUCUGUCCUCCAGCUCCCAAGAAAGCGAAACCUUCUCUUGGCCUUCCUCUUCUCAGCCCCAGGAUGAUGUGGAAGCUGAGAUGAGGAGGCUGAAAUUGGAGCUCAAACAAACAAUGGACAUGUACAGUACGGCCUGCAAAGAAGCCCUAAACGCCAAGCAAAAGGCGAACGAGCUCCACCGCUGGAAGCUUGAAGAAGAGCACAGAUUAGAAGAGGCGAGAAUGGCGGAGGGAGCCGCGUUGGCGAUCGCAGAGAAGGAGAAGGUCAAAUGCAGAGCGGCAAUGGAGGCAGCCGAAGCCGCGCAGAGGAUCGCGGCGCUCGAGUCCAGGAAAAGAGCGACCGCAGAG